CCGCUCCUCAUGCCGCCCAGCAGCAGCAGCCGGCGGCCACGUCGCUGCCCACCAUGCCGCUCUACAUGCGCGUGCUACAGCCGCUGGCAAAGCUGCCGGGCGCCGGACUGGCAGAGGCCAGAUUGGUGCAGACGAGCGACGAUGCUCCUGCGUACUGGACGACCGAGUUGGGCAAGCACCUGCUUCGCUACUCCUCGACCAACUUCAUGGACAUCACCUCCUUUCCCUCUCUCUCUCCUUCCUCCUGGCAGGCAGCCGAAGGCGACUCCCUCUCCGUCCUCUCCUCGGAGCCCAGCUUCCCCUCGAAGCCCUCGCACAGCAAGCAGCUCCAGGCCGUGUUUGCAAACGUCACCGAGGCAGGCCCACGCAAGAAUCUCGAGGGCUUCACGAGCUUCCGCAACCGAUACUACAAGAGCGAGACGGGCAAGCAGAGCCAGCAGUGGCUGUUGAAGCUCAUCAAGAGCGUGGUGGAGGAUGUCGACUACAUCAGCGUGCGCGAACACACGCAUUCCUGGGGACAGAACAGCAUCAUUCUGCGCGUCGCGGGCAGCCAGGCCGCUGCUGCCGCGCAGAAGAAGUCGCCCGAGGUCGCGGCCAUCCUCGGCGCGCAUCUCGACAGCACGCACAUGAUUCCCUUCUUCGCCGCGCCGGGCGCCGACGACGACGGCAGUGGUUCCGUGACGCUCAUCGAGGCGCUGCGUGCGCUGCUGAGCCAGGGCUGGCAGCCGGAGAGGAACGUCGAGUUUCACUGGUACAGCGCGGAGGAGGGUGGUCUGCUGGGCAGCCAGGAAGUGGCGCAGUCUUACGCCAGCAAGGGCGUGACCGUCGGAGCGAUGCUUCAGCAAGACAUGACGGCCUUUGUCAAGCCCGGCACGCAGCCGCGCGUCGGCAUGGUCGCGGACUUUGUCUCGGAGCCGCUGACGGCGUUUAUCCAGACGCUCGUGGAGGAGUACCUCGAGAUUCCGCCUGUGCCCACCAAGCUGGGCUACGCAGGUAGCGACCAUGCCAGCUGGACCAAGAUCGGCGUGCCGAGUGCCUUUGCCAUCGAGGCUACGUUUGAGGACUCGAACCUCAAGAACAUCCACACGGGCAACGACCGCAUGGACAUCGAGGGCUUCUCCUUUGAGCACCUCGUGCAGUUUGUGCGCCUCUCGUCGGCCUUUGCCGUCGAGCUGGGCGGCUGGGCCAAGUAAGAGUGAAAAAGUCGAGUGGGGGCGACGCGGCGAUGCCCCAACCGCGCCGCUUCGUCCCUGACGGCUUCCUCUCCUCUGCGGACUCUACUCCAUUUCGCUCUGCGCCUG